CCUUCUUCCCACAUAAACUUCUGCAAACUGCAUGCCGGGUUCUGCUGGUGGUAAAGCCGCCGAGUUCAGGAAGUUGGCCAGUUUCUUUGCUCUGAGCACACCGAGUAACAGAGGGUAGCCCUCCUUGGCGCUGCAGGUGACCGAUGAGAAAUUAGGACAACAGAGCCUGAAGGUGUCCACUUCACUGGAGGAGAGAAUAGAUCUGGAUACGUACCACUGGAGAGGAAAACAUGACCCUCCCAUCUUUGUUUCUGACCUGCCUUGUCCUGCUCAUCUCUGAUUCCUAUGAGUUCUUCAGCAAAGCAAAUUAUUCUAGAAGCUAUCCUUGUGAUGAGAAAAGACAAAAUGGCUCUGUGAUUGCAGAAUGCAACGGCCGCCGACUGAGAGAAGUUCCCCAAACCGUGGGCAAGUACGUGACAGCACUUGACCUCUCUGACAAUUACAUUACACACAUAACAAAUGAAUCAUUUCAAGGGCUGCAGAAUCUUACUAAAAUAAAUCUAAACCACAACAGCAAUCCGCAGCACCUGAAUGAAAACCCUGAUAUAAACAAAAAAGGCAUGAAUAUCACAGAUGGGGCGUUCCUCAACCUACAAAACUUAAAGCAAUUACUGCUUGAAGACAACCAGUUAUACCAAGUACCCGGUGGCUUGCCAGGGUCUUUGAAGGAACUUAGUCUCAUUAAAAACAACAUAAUUUGCGUAACUAAAAAGAACACUUCUGGCCUUACCAAUCUGGAAAGGCUCUACUUGAGCUGGAACUGCUAUUUCGGCAAUAACUGUGUUAAUGAAACUUUUGCCAUAGAAAACGGAACGUUUGAAAGUCUUACGAAUUUGCAGGUGCUGUCCCUGUCUUUUAAUAAGCUUGUCCGUGUGCCACCUAAGUUGCCAGACUCCCUAAGAGAACUUUAUCUCAGCAAUGCCAAGAUUAAAAUCAUCAGUCAGGAAGAUUUCAAGGGAUUGAGAAAUUUAAGAGUCCUAGAUUUAAGUGGGAACUGCCCCAGGUGUUUCAACGCCCCAUUUCCCUGUACACCUUGUGAAGGAGGCUCUUCAAUUCAGAUCGAUCCUCUUGCUUUUCAAAACCUGACGGAACUUCGCUACCUAAACCUCUCUAGCACGUCUCUCCGGAAGAUUCCCGUAACGUGGUUUGAGAAUAUGCCCAGGCUGAAGGUUCUGCACUUGGAAUUCAAUUACUUAGUGGAUGAAAUAGCCUCUGGGGAAUUUUUAAUGAAACUGCCCUCCUUGGAAAUACUUGACUUAUCUUUUAACUACAAAAUGGCAAAAUAUCCAAAAUAUAUUAAUAUUUCCCAAAACUUCUCUAAUCUUAAGCUGCUCCAGGCGCUGCACUUAAGAGGUUACGUGUUCCAGGAACUUACAGCAAAAAACUUCCAUCCCCUGAAGGGUCUCCCACAUCUAAGGACUAUCAACUUGGGCAUCAACUUUAUUAAGCAAAUUAAUUUUACUCUCUUCCAAGAUUUCCCCAAUCUGACGAUCAUUUACUUGUCAGAAAACCGAAUAUCACCCUUGGUAAAUGAUAUCCAGCAAAAUGAUGAAAAUGGUUACUCCUCUCCAAGUCAUGUGCUUAAGCCACGCUCAGCAGAUUUUGAGUUUGACCCACAUUCAAAUUUUUAUCAUAAUACCCAUCCUUUAAUAAAGCCGCAAUGCACAGUUUAUGGCAAAGCCUUAGAUUUAAGUCUGAACAGUAUUUUCUUCAUCGGGCGAGAGCAAUUUGAAGCUUUUCAUGACAUUGCCUGCUUAAAUCUGUCUUCAAAUGGCAAUGGUCAAGUGUUAAAUGGAACUGAAUUUUCAGCUGUGCCGCAUAUCAAAUAUUUGGAUCUGACCAACAAUAGAUUAGACUUUGACGAUGACAAUGCUCUCAGUGAUCUACCCGAGUUAGAAGUUCUAGAUCUCAGCUACAAUGCACACUACUUCCGAAUAGCAGGGGUGACGCAUCGCCUGGGAUUUAUUCAAAAUUUAACACAACUGAAAGUUUUAAACUUGAGCCACAAUGGCAUUUAUACUUUAACAGAGCAAGACCUGAAAAGCAUGUCUCUAGAAGAAUUAGUUUUCAGAGGAAACCACCUUGACAUUUUGUGGAAUGCUGAAGGUGACAAGUACUGGAAAAUUUUUACAAGUCUCAGGAACCUGACACGGCUCGAUUUGUCCUUGAAUAACCUUCAUCUUAUCCCAAACGAAGCUUUUUUGAACUUGCCCCAGAGUCUCACCCAACUAUACAUAAAUAAUAACAUGUUAAAUUUUUUUAACUGGACAUUACUCCAACACUUUCCACAUCUCCACUUGCUGGACUUGAGUGGAAACAGGCUAUCCUCUUUAACUAACAGCCUCUCCAAAUUCACGCCUUCCCUGAGGACACUGCUACUACGUCGAAACAGGAUUUCACACCUACCCUCCAACUUUCUUUCCGAAGCCAGCAGUCUGAUCCACCUCGAUUUGAGUUCCAACCUGCUGAAGAUGAUCAACAAGUCCACGCUUCAAACGAAGACCAACACCAGUUUAACCAUUUUGAAACUAGAUAGAAACCCUUUUGACUGUACCUGUGACAUUGGAGAUUUUCGAAGAUGGAUGGAUGAAAAUCUAGAUGUCACCAUCCCUCGGCUGACGGACGUGAUCUGCUCUAGUCCUGGGGAUCAGAAAGGGAAGAGCAUCAUGAGUCUGGAGCUAACAACCUGUAUUUCAGAUACCAUCGCGGCAGUGCUGUGUUUCUUCACGUCCUUAAUCACCAUCACCGUGAUGUUGGCUGCCUUGGGUCACCACUGGUUUUACUGGGAUGUUUGGUUUAUCUACCACGUGUGUCUAGCUAAGGUAAAAGGCUACAGGUCUCUUUCCACGUCCCAAACUUUCUAUGAUGCCUAUGUUUCUUACGACACCAAAGAUGCGUCGGUUACGGACUGGGUGAUAAAUGAGCUGCGUUUCCACCUAGAGGAGAGCGAAGGGAAAAAUGUGCUCCUGUGUUUAGAGGAGAGGGAUUGGGACCCUGGAUUAGCCAUCAUCGAUAACCUCAUGCAGAGCAUAAACCAAAGCAAGAAAACCAUAUUCGUCUUAACAAAAGAAUAUGCCCAAAACUGGAACUUCAAAACAGCAUUCUACUUGGCCUUGCAGCGGCUCAUGGAAGAGAACAUGGAUGUGAUCGUAUUUAUUCUGCUGGAGCCCGUGUUACAGCAUUCUCAGUAUUUGAGGCUGCGGCAGAGGAUCUGCAAGAGCUCCAUCCUUCAAUGGCCUGACAACCCCAAGGCGGAAGGCUUAUUUUGGCAAAGUCUGAAAAACGUAGUCUUAACGGAAAACAAUUCCCGUUAUAACAAUUUGUAUGUUGAUUCCAUUAAACAGUACUAACGGAUGUUAAGCCACGGCUCACCAGCAUAAUAAAAAUGUAAAGCAAUUA